AUCUACUCCAAGUUCUACUAUCUCGGUCCUUGAACGGGUCAUUCAAUCGAAACUCGAAGCGGAAAUCGAUCUUGAGCCUCACGUCUAACUCUAGAACCACCAGAUUACCCAAUACGUUCCAGAUCCUUCCGUGAUGGGCGACAAUGGCGUAGCUGGCGCGGAAUCCAUCCCACAGUCGAAGGUGGUCGUGUACUGCGGAGUCUGCUCGUUACCCCCAGAAUACUGCGAGUUCGGCGGGACGACGAAGAAAUGCGAGGAAUGGCUGAAGAAACACCAUCCUAGCCUCCACGGAGAGUUAUAUUCCGAAGCCGCAAUCGAAGCCAACCUCUCUACCCUCUCCCUCGACGCCCAAAAACGUGCCGAGAAAGACGCCCAGAAGAAAGCCGCCAAAGCCGCCACGGCGGAGGCGAAAGAGGUGGAGAAGAAGGCCGCCGCGAAGGUGUACAUUAAGCGAGUGGAGCGGAACAAGAGGAAAUAUGUGACCGCGGUUGCGGGGCUAGAGGAGCAUGGGCUGGAGUUGAAGAAGGUGGCCAAGGACUUGGGGAAGAAAUUCGCGACGGGGUCGAGCGUGACGAAGAUGGCGGCGGGUGGAGAGGAGAUCACGGUGCAGGGGGACUUGACGGAAGGGCUGUUGGAAUACAUUGUGAAGACGUAUAAAGGUGUGCCCGAGGAUAAUAUCGAGUGUAUCGAUGAGAGCAAGAAGAAGAAGGCAGCUGCAGCGGCGGCUGCUAUUGCUGCUACUGAGGCUGGGCUGCAAGGCAGAUGAGUUGACUCGACGGAACAGUUCUCUAUGUACCACUGUUGGAUUUGCACAGGGUUCGUUCUGUACGUACGGUAGUUACCAUGGCACCGUAGUCAAGUGCUCAUAAUGUUUGAUGAAAACUCC